GCGCACGCGUGUUUUAAGACGUUAGUGCGCGUGCCCAUUCACGCUCUCUUCUCUCGAAGAAAACUCGCGGGCUAGCCGGCGGUUUAACAUACAUUUCAUAUUAAAAUGAUUUGUUUUUUCUUAACUCUGUUCGCGUAUGUUUUCAAGACAGGAUGGACUGGAGUGAACGAGCGCACCUUCAUUGCUGUGAAGCCGGAUGGUGUGCAGAGGAGGCUAGUGGGAGAGAUUAUCCACCGCUUUGAACGCAAGGGCUUCAAACUGGUCGGCAUGAAAUUUCUGCAGGCUUCUGAAGAACAGUUGAUGGAGCACUACUGGGACUUAAGGGGGAGGCCGUUCUACAAAGGCCUGGUCAAAUACAUGAGCUCAGGACCCAUUGUGGCUAUGGUGUGGCAAGGUCUGGAUGUAGUAAAAACAUCCAGAAGAAUGCUUGGAGAGACAAAUCCGGCUGACUCCCUUCCAGGAACCAUCAGAGGAGAUUUUUGUGUGGAAGUGGGCAGGAAUGUUAUCCAUGGUAGUGACUCAGUGGAGAGCGCGCAGAGAGAAAUCUCCCUGUGGUUCAAAGAGCAUGAGCUCAUCUGCUGGGACGAGAGCACUGAGCACUGGAUCUACGCGUGAUGCCCUCCCCUGCCACUCACACAAACACAUACAGAGCUUUGCGGCCUUACGCAUUUCUAGUGCAGCCCACAGAAAUUCUUUUUUUUUUUUCUGAAGUGGAACUCUACUGCAGUAUUGGCACAAAGGCCUCAAUAUCAGUAGAAGAAAUUGCCUACCACAAAUCUAGUGAAUAGCAUGGCAGAGGGUAUCCUCUGCUUCCAAAAGCCUUCUGUAGAAAGAUUUGGACCUGUGUAACUGACCCUGGUGCAUAACCACUGACCAAAAAUUGCUUUUAAAAAAUAUCUCCGUCUAGAUGACUCUCCUCCGUCCUCUAUGUAUGUAUUUGAUGACAUGUUUACAUUUAUGUGCAUAUGAUGCACACUUUGAAUAUCAUGUUCUUGCACAUCAUAAAGCAAUAUUUAUGUAUUUGUCUGCUGUUACCUUAUACAUUGCUUUUGAACGAACAAAUAUAUGUACUGCACUUGUAAUAAUGAUCCAGAAUCUCCAAAAAAAAAAAACAAUAUAGUGCAUGCUACUCAACUCAAUUGAGAUUCUGAAAGCAAGGCACUGUUAUGUAUUAUAGACCACCUCAGCAAUUUUGUGAACUAUCCAUAUUUUUAAACAUUUUUGAAUACUACCAUGCUCUGACUGUUGCAUCAUCAGCAACAUCCAGCAUCACAUUUUGUAGCACCUUUUGUAGAUAAUUAAGACUGUAAAUGUUAUGCCUCUGGAGGAAAAUGAGAAAUGCAAUAAUGAACUCAAAUGAUGAAUGAAGCAGACUGGUCUUGCUAUCUAAUUGCACUACAGCUUUGGCCUCUGGCAUUAUUAAACAUGGUGUUGUUUUAAUUACAGAUUUAGUUCUGUAUCCAGUUCUCUGUUGACCAAAAGGUGUCCAGUUACAAAAUAAAGGGUUUUCUAAAACA